CAGCCCUCAGUCUGCAGAGCUUCCGGGACACGUGGGUAGGAUGACGUAACUUGUGCCGGUACCGGCUCUCUUUGCCUCCAGAGGGACCAGAGGAGCUUCACCCGCUAACCGGGGUUAAUACACGGCUCGGUUUCUCCAGUCGGUGACCGGUUCUGGUCCGUUGCUCUCCGGCAGAAUGAAUCCCUCUCGUCGCUGUUCGUCUUUUCUGAUCCGGCUGUGUGUGUCCUCACUGCGGGGACAGACAGCCAGGAGCCACCGGUACUGUCCCUCCGGUCCCCAGCUACGGCCCAACGGGACACCCAGCACCGGACCAGUUUGUCCAAUGGGUGGCAGCAGCAGCAGGUUGUUUGGUACGUUGGCCCAGUCACUGAACAGCACCCUGUUGGACCAAUCAGACCCGUACCUGGAGGAGAACCCAGACCAGGACGUGGUUGAGACCGACCCGGACCAGCUGCUCAGGGAGUGUGGAGAGGCCCUGCAGAGGCGUCCGGCCAGGCCACAUCGAGAUCUGGUAUCUCCCAGUGGCAUGGCGCCCUGCCAGCAGAAGCUCAACCCACCCAUACGGAUCAUGCAGUGGAAUAUACUCGCACAAGCUCUUGGUGAGGGUAAGGACGCGUUCAUCCGCUGUCCACUGGACGCUCUCAACUGGCAGGAAAGGAAGUACCUGAUCCUGGAGGAGAUCCUGACCUACCGCCCAGACAUCCUGUGCCUGCAGGAAGUGGACCACUACUACGACACCUUCCAGCCAAUCAUGGCCAGCCUUGGUUACCAAGGCAGCUUCUUGGCCAAGCCCUGGUCUCCCUGUCUGGAUGUGGAGCAGAAUAACGGCCCCGACGGCUGCGCUCUGUUUUACCGCCGCUCGCGCUUCUCCCUCCAGGCCACGGCUCACCUGCGGCUGUCGGCCAUGAUGCUGCCCACCAACCAGGUAGCCAUCGUCCAGACGCUGACGUGCCAGGUAACAGGCCGGAGGCUCUGUGUGGCCGUCACCCAUCUGAAAGCCCGUAGUGGCUGGGAGAGGCUGCGGAGUGCGCAGGGUGCCGACCUGCUGCAGAGUUUGCGCAGCAUAACGUCCCAAGGUGGCGGCUGCGGCCAGAGCAAGGCGGCGUCAGACGCCGUCCCUCUGGUGGUGUGCGGGGACUUUAACGCAGAGCCCUCAGAGGACGUUUACCGGAGAUUCAGCUCCUCCGCUCUCGGCCUGAAUUCGGCGUACAAGCUGUUGAGCUCUGACGGACAGACGGAGCCGGCCUAUACCACCUGGAAGAUCCGCCCCUCCGGAGAGAGCUGCAGCACUCUGGACUAUAUCUGGUAUACCCAUGAUGCUUUGAGUGUGCAGUGCCUGCUGGACAUUCCCACAGAGGAGCAGAUCGGCCCAGACCGCCUCCCCUCCUACCACUACCCCUCCGACCAUCUAUCACUGCUCUGUGACGUCAGCUUCAGGGAGGAGCUCCACAGAUUGAUGUAGGCACUGGACCAAUAGGAGCACAGUGAGAGGACUGCUUGGAACAAUGCUCAACCUGGACUGUAGAUCAGAGUGAGGAAAGUGAACGGGAUAGCAUCUACCGGAUGAGUCAUGGCAGGGCAAGUGAAAUCUGAUUGGAGGGUUAAAAAUGUUCAAUCAUGAGACAUAAACCACUUUCUAUAGUGAUGCUGUUGUUUUAAAGAUAGUCACCACGUUGAAUAUUAGUAGGUCAUCACUUCUGAUGGGAAAACUACUUGUGGUUUUAGCAAUAACUGAUAUUUGAUCCAUUGACUUGUGUAGAAGACGUUGAGCCUGUCAUUCCCCAGAAUAUUUUCAUUCUUUGAAAUGGCAGCUAUGUGCUUCAUCUGCUGAACUUUGACCACUGCAAACCAACUGACUAUUAUUACAUUAAUUUAUUACAUUAUUCUCUGUACUUUCUAUCAGUUGGUUAAACAAUAAUCAACACUUUUUCCUAUAGUGUUUUUAAAUUAAUUAUUUUGCAUUUAAGUCAUCUUUGGCAGUUCUGCAGUUAGACAAUGUUGUAACUGUGACUACAAUGAGGAGAAUGUUAAUAUAUACAAGAAUAAAGUUAUUAUUUUGA